AUGAUCUCCUCUCGAAAUGUGACCAUAUUGACGACAAUUCUCUCAACAACAUGUCUCCUUUUGAUGGUCACCGUUCUGCCAUUGACAAUGUUGAAAAUUCAACGCGCUAACACGUUUAUGCUGGACAAAGUGCAGCAGUGCAGGAUGGAUUCUUCCGAUCUAUGGAAACAAGUGGCGGCUGGUGAGGUUCGAAUGAAGAGGCAAAACUAUGCGAAUGAAGGGGCAAAGGGAACUAUAAAUGGGGGAAAAUGUUGCUCUUGUCAACAAGGUCCACCCGGUCCUCCCGGUGGCUCCGGACAAUCAGGAAUGGAUGGAGAGCCGGGAAUGAUCGGAUCAAAUGGGAGAAACGGUCGAUCCGGGAAGUACGUGAUGCCACCAAAAAACGAUGAUCUUUCAUGUCAAAAGUGUCCCUCGGCGGUUCAGGGUCCACCCGGGCAUCCCGGUGCCAAAGGAGCGAGGGGACAAGCUGGUCAAGCAGGCACUGAUGGAAGCAAUGGAAACCCGAGCAGACAAGGCCCACCCGGACCCCCGGGAGUUCGUGGACAACCGGGAAUGAUUGGAAUCCAGGGACCUCCAGGAGACCCAGGUCGAGUGCUGAAUGGAGCUCCUCAAGGUCCAAGUGGACCCCUCGGACAAAUGGGACCUCGGGGAAAGCCAGGAGUUAACGGAAUUGAUGGUAACUCUGGUGGAUUGGGCCCAGCCGGUUCCCGGGGAGAACAAGGUCAAAGGGGUUCAUCCGGUCAAAGAGGUUUGCCUGGACCAACCGGACCGCUUGGAUCACCGGGAAUCAAAGGUUCCUGCAAUCAUUGUGCCAAGAGUGACAGAAAACAGGAGACAGCAGCUAAACAGCAAACUUCUGAAGACUACGGAUCAAAUAACAAUCAACAGAAUAUUUAUAAUCAAGAACAAACUGCUUCUGGUUACGAGUAUGAGGCUCGUGAAGAGUCAAGAAAUAACCAAAGAUACGAUGCUCAAGAAUCAAAAGAAAGCUAUGAAAAUCAGAGACCGAAGUCAUACAACCAAGCGAAAGUAACCGCUUCUACUUAUGAGUCUGAGGCUCCAAGUCAAGGAGAGGAGUACGGUAAUCAAGGAAAAGUCUACAACUCUGGAACCAAUCGGAAUCUCCAAAAUGAGUAUGAGAGUGGACAGGAAAGAGGACAGGAAAGAGGACAAGAAAGAGGACAAGAAAGAGGACAAGAAAGAGGACAAGAAAGAGGACAAGAAAGAGGACAAGAAAGAGGACAAGGAUCCCCGCCAUCCCCGCAACCCCCAGCUCAAUACAACUCGUUUGGGGCACAGAAGACUGAGAAGAUCAGCUAUGACAACAGUGUCCCAUCGGCUUUCCCCAACCCGGCCACCAAUCCCUCGAAAGGUUACAACGCUAAAGCGAUGGCAGCACCCACCAAUCAUUUCUUCUCGGGACAAGUUAACUCUCGCGGUUACGGUCAACCAAAUCGUGUGGCGACGAACUUCGCGAAUGAGCCACCCGCUUUCUCGAUUCUCCAACCAAUGAGCAGUCCUCGGGUGUACGGGCAAGCUGUUUUUCAAGGACAGCACUAUCGAGGGCAAAUGAUCAGCAAUCAGCGAACGGCGAGUGAUUAUGGAUAUGGAGCUGUUGGAUAUCAACCACCACAGCCGAAUCCCGGAUAUCAGGGCUACACUUCACCACAACAAAAUUGGAAUCGAAACCCUGGUGAGACUCAAUUUUGUGAGAAAGAGCAAAGUUUU